AUGAAUAUCAAAGCAACUGCAGAACAUAAUCAAGCAGUGCAGCAGUACAGAACACAUGAUGCAGAUGCAAGCAUAGAAGAAGACUUAGAUGGUGUGAUUCUUGGAGCUGAUACACGUGCUACUGAAGGACCCAUAGUUGCCGAUAAGAAUUGUGAGAAAAUUCACUACAUGGCUCCAAACAUAUAUUGCUGUGGAGCAGGGACUGCUGCUGAUACAGAAGCAGUGACAGGUAUCUUUCCCGACUUUUGUGUUCUCUGUGAAGCUGAUACACGUGCUACUGAAGGACCCAUAGUUGCCGAUAAGAAUUGUGAGAAAAUUCACUACAUGGCUCCAAACAUAUAUUGCUGUGGAGCAGGGACUGCUGCUGAUACAGAAGCAGUGACAGGUAUCUUUCCCGACUUUUGUGUUCUCUGUGAAGACAUGGUCAGUUCGCAGCUGCAGCUACACCGCUAUCAUACUGGUCGUGAAUCAAGGGUUGUAACAGCUCUUACACUUCUGAAAUCUCAUCUUUUCAACUACCAAGGUCAUGUCCAAGCUGCAUUGGUGCUCGGUGGAGUUGAUAUCACAGGCCCCCAUUUGCACACUAUCUACCCUCAUGGAUCAACGGACACUUUGCCAUUCGCUACAAUGGGAUCUGGUUCUCUUGCUGCAAUGGCUGUCUUUGAAUCAAAAUACCACGAAGGACUGAAUAGGGAUGAAGGAAUAAAGCUCGUAGCCGAGGCUAUCUGCUCUGGCAUAUUUAAUGACUUGGGAAGUGGAAGCAAUGUGGAUAUCUGUGUUAUUACUAAGGGACACAAGGAGUACCUGAGGAACCACAUGUUGCCAAAUCCUCGAACCUAUGUCAGUUCACAAGGUUACACAUUUUCUAAAAAGACAGAGGUUCUGCUGACAAAGAUCACACCAUUGAAAGAGAUGGUGGAAGUGACUGAAGGAGGAGAGGCAAUGGAAGAAUGAGUUGUGGUUAAACUUUGCUUAGUAACUUUUGUAUGAAUUUUUUUUCACAUCUAUUGCUCUAUGUUUCAUCUUGUACUCAAUAUAAAAAAAUGUUUUAAUUUACAAUCAAUAUUGCCUCGGAUUGUUUUAUUACUUUGUUUUAAGUUGGUCUGGGAUUAUCUUGCGG